AUGCUUACUGGGAACAGAACCCAGCAGCCGUCUUUGAGGAAACUUCAGCAAAUGGCUAUUUAUCUGGGAAUUGUAUCUGGCGGGGGAUGUGCUCUUAUGUAUUACUUCAUGCAAAAGAGCUUUGCCAGAACACAGUACUAUCAACAGGCUCUUGAGCAGCUUCAGAAGGACCCAGAAGCCCUGGAGGCACUUGGCGCUCCUCCUCUAAAAGUACAUUACAUCAGGCUGACAGACAAGCACAAUUGCGUUGAUGUAUCAAGAGCGCAGAUAAAGAUACCAGUAUCUGGAACAAAGACUGGUGGAUAUCUUUAUGUCAAUUCAGAAAAAGACUUCUCCCUCAACAGCUGGCGUCUGCAGGAAGCCACACUACAACUCCGAGAAGGUCACCAUAUCCCAGUGUACCCUUCGUCGAUGAAGAUCGCUGCUCAGGAUGACCUCUAACUGCAGCCUGCUCAAGUAUCUUCAUAAGCCAGUGAACAGAUGAACUGACAACAGUAAGAGGAGCAAAAUGUGCUUGUCUUUUUUAAAAAAAUAUGGUGCUCAUUCCCCCCCCUUCCCUACCCUUUACCGGUUACAAGGCUCAAAGACGAUGGGGGGCACUAAAGGCCAGCAGCUGCUCAAGGGACACUAAUUUUGACUUCUGGGCAAUCUUAGGAGGGGCUGGGAUUAAAAAUAAAAUUAUGACUAGAUUGUCUAAUUGAAGUGCGAUGAAGCUACUGCACCAAUUCCCCCCCCUUCUUCUAAUGAGCUUAAGAGUGGCUUAAAGGUUUGCAGACAUUUUAUGGUUCAAAUGAUAGAACUUUGUUGAGGAGCUGAAUAUAUCUGGGCCUGUCACCCCCCCCCCCUCCAGAGCGUCUAUCGUAUGAUUUAAUGCACGUAGCUUGCAGUUUUAGUACCUGAACUCUUGCAGCUCCUAACAUCAAUAAAUCAAUUUCUUUCAACCAUGAUCAUGUAUAUAUAAACAGGCCUCAUUCUGAUACAGGUGGC